UAUAUAUGGCCUCAUCUAAGCCUAGUGUGCAAUUUAGCAGUGCGCCGCCAGAGAUUAUCCGCUCCCGACAUGAUCUGCGCAGACGCGGCGGUAAUAUGGAGGGAAAAGGAAAUUCCGUGGGGCCGGCGGCGGCGCACGGGGAGAACUAUGAUGGGUUAUCUGCGGAGAAUCGUACCGUGCGGAGGAAGCGGCUGGUGAAGCUGCUGAUUAUCUUUGCCAUACCCGUGAUCGCGGUUUUUACGCAGUGCGGUAUUUUCCUGGAUCGGAUGCUGAGUGUAAACGAACUGGCCGUUAAAACUAACGCCACAAUCCAUUUUCUCCUGGGAAUGGAGCUGGUAAUCAACUGUGUGCAACACCAACGCGAAAUAUCCAGUUUACUAGCCUUAAACCACAGCUGCGCUAGCCCAUCCCUGAAACAAAUUUUACCUUUACCGACGGCGGAAAAUUCUCCCGUAAUUAAUCUGACAGCUUGCUUGCAAAUAUUGGACGUAGAGCCUUACUGGAAAUUUCCCACCGGCACCAAUUAUCACAUGCUGAAUACCUCGUACCGCGAUGUCCUCAUCUGGUACACAGACGAAAUUCUUGGCCAACUAUUCCGGUUAAUUGAUCGUAGAGUGCACUUGCACAACGAUAACAACGGGACCAUGUGGGACUACGUUGUGGCUUAUGAAUUGUUUAUGCGAGUGCGUGAUAACCUCGAAAUCCAAAGGACCCUCUCUACUGCAUUUCUUAUUACCGGCUCCGCAAGACAAUCCGAUUUGAAAUGGUUUAUAGAGAACGGAUCGAUCUGUGAAAUUUUAUUAAACAUUUCCGAACACUACCUGAACGCCUCCCGAUUGUAUCCGCAGCUGUUUCUCCGCUUCCGGGAGGCGCAUCACCGAUGGCACAACGCCAAACAGAACCUGCUGGACGAAAAUAAAAACCGGCUUAAUGGUUCGGGCGGGGGUGGUUUGACAGCGGAAGCGGAAUUCUUUCGAGCCGUGGUACUCGAGUUACAAACCUCGGUUGAAGAUUUUCUAUCAACCACCACAGUUUUGCAACACAGUAUUGGAGAUGAAUUGAAAGGGCUCUCCAGUCUGCAGCGCCACCAAGCCGACGUGGAUAGACUGUUCGGUAUCGGACUGCUGAUCUUCAGCGCCAUCGUGUGCCCUUUAUUGGCCAUCUGGUACCUGCAUUCUGUCAAUGACCUGUCGAUCCUCAUUGAAACCUAUGCAUCCAGCAUGACGCAGAAGGCGGCGGAACUGACGUUCGAACAAAGGAAAACCGAACAUCUUCUGUAUCAGAUGCUGCCGCCCACUGUGGCCGAUGCUCUUAAGCACAACGUUGCCGUGCCGACGGAAGUCUUCGAGAACGUCACAGUUUUCUUCUCUGUUGUGGCGAAUUUCGAGUCGUUCACGAACAUAUGCGAUCCAUUACAGGUCGUGGAUUUCCUUAAUACACUGUAUUUGAUGAUGGACACGGAGAUUGAUCGGUUUGACGUGUACAAGGUAGAAACAAUUGGUGACGAGUACAUGGUGGCCAGUGGUCUGCCGGCGCGCAACGGAGACAAACAUGCGUCGGAAGUAGCCGAUCUGUCGCUGAGGGUUAUGGAAGCCGUUGAGCAGUUGCUGUUGCCGGAUAACGACGCGGAUAUUAAAAAGAUAUCUCUGCGCAUCGGCUUGCAUAGCGGCACAUGUGUGGCGGGAGUCGUCGGAUUAAAAAUGCCACGCUACUGUUUGUUUGGCGACACCGUCAAUACCGCCUCCAGAAUGGAGUCUAAUGGGAAAGAUGGCCAAAUACAUUUGUCGGUAGCUACAAAAGAGUGCCUAGAUGUCUUUGACGCCUACGUGCUUUUGCGGCGCGGAACAAUCUCGGUUAAGGGUAAAGGAUCGAUGGAGACAUUUUGGUUAUUGGGCAAGAAAGGAAUGAAUUUCACCAUAAUCCCGCCGGAUCCCGAUUGAUUACAAAACUAUCAAGCCUACAGGGAAUGUGAUAUAUCUAUGCAAUCAAACUCCAAACUUGUUCUGUGAUAAUACGUUUUCACUUUCGCUCGGGUUAGCUGUUAUUGUCAAACCUGAUCUUGGCAAAGUAAAUGGAAGUCUUUUAUGAAAAUAAUUAAAAUGUAUAAAUGCAAUAAUAUUGUGGGUUUAUGAAAAACCGGAAUAAACAUAAUCAUGUCGUUUGGUGGAUUUUCCUGGUAAUCCUGCUAAUGGUGUUCUUUAGUGACUAUGGUUUCCCGUAACAAGCGCGAGAAGGGCGUUUUUGUAGUCACCGGAAGUUUCGC